AUGGCCAGAGCAUCUUCUACUAAAGCUAGAAAACAGAGGCAUGAUCCACUUUUAAAGGAUUUAGAUGCAGCUCAAGGUACCUUGAAAAAAAUCAACAAAAAGAAGCUAGCACAGAGUGAAGCUGCAAAUAACGAAGCUGCAAAUGACGAGGAUGGCUACAUAGACUCUAAAGCAUCAAGAAAGAUUUUACAGUUGGCUAAGGAACAACAGGAUGAAAUUGAAGGUGAAGAACUUGCUGAAUCAGAAAGAAAAAAGCAACUUGAAGCCAGGUUUACCACAAUGAGCUAUGACGAUGAAGACGAAGACGAGGAUGAAGAAAGUUUUGAAGAAGACAUUUCAGAUUUUGAACCAGAAGGUGAUUUUAAAGAAGAGGAAGAGAUAGUUGAGAUUGACGAAGAAGACGCUGCGAUGUUCGAGCAAUAUUUCAAGAAAUCAAAUGAUUUUAACUCUCUAAGUGGUAGCUAUAAUCUUGCAGAUAAGAUCAUGGCCUCUAUCCGAGAAAAGGAGAGUCAACUUGAGGAUAUGCAAGAUGAUGAACCGCUUGCUAAUGAACAGGAUACCUCAAGAGGCAAUAUAUCAUCCGGUUUGAAAAGUGGAGAGGGUGUUGCACUUCCAGAGAAGGUCAUCAAAGCAUAUACCACGGUGGGCAGUAUUCUGAAAACUUGGACCCACGGUAAAUUGCCAAAACUAUUCAAGGUUAUCCCAUCCUUACGAAAUUGGCAAGAUGUCAUAUAUGUCACCAACCCCGAAGAAUGGUCACCACACGUUGUUUACGAGGCAACUAAAUUGUUUGUAUCCAACCUAACCGCUAAAGAAUCUCAGAAAUUUAUUAAUUUAAUCUUACUUGAACGUUUUCGUGAUAAUAUCGAAACCAGUGAAGAUCACUCCUUAAACUAUCAUAUAUAUCGUGCGGUGAAAAAGUCACUUUAUAAGCCAAGUGCUUUUUUCAAAGGUUUCCUAUUUCCAUUGGUUGAAACAGGCUGUAAUGUACGUGAAGCCACAAUUGCGGGAAGUGUGCUUGCCAAGGUCUCCGUUCCUGCUUUACAUUCUUCAGCUGCCUUGAGUUAUCUUUUAAGGCUACCGUUCUCUCCCCCUACAACUGUUUUUAUCAAAAUUUUGCUUGACAAGAAGUAUGCCUUACCAUACCAAACGGUUGACGAUUGUGUGUAUUACUUUAUGAGAUUUAGAAUUUUAGAUGAUGGCAGUAAUGGGGAAGAUGCUACAAGAGUACUUCCAGUGAUAUGGCACAAAGCCUUUUUAACAUUUGCACAACGUUACAAGAACGAUAUUACCCAAGAUCAAAGAGAUUUCUUGUUGGAAACUGUUCGUCAAAGGGGCCAUAAAGAUAUCGGUCCCGAAAUUAGAAGAGAACUAUUGGCAGGAGCUAGCAGGGAGUUUGUUGACCCACAGGGAGCCAACGAUGAUUUAAUGAUUGAUGUCAAUUAA